ACCUACCUGCCGGUCGAGAGCUCAGUCGGUGUCCGCCAGGUUGAAAAUCCGUGACUUCUCCUGCUCGUUUUGCGCGUGGCUCCUUACCGUGUCGCCGAAACGGCGCGAAAAAAGUUAAAAACGAAAACAUGCAACGCGGCGAGGCCCGCGUCGUCGACGUAUAAUUUUAAAUCGGCGCCCGGCCGAGCAGCGCGGUCACCGCUCGAAUCGGUGAGGACCGAUCGCGUUUUUCUCGAGUCCCGAGGGAAAAAAAGACGCGCUCGCGAUCCGCGUUUUUCACGCGGGAACUUGAUAACGGUGCGUGAGAGUGCGCGGUACGAUAUAUACACACGCGCGCGAUCCCACGCGUGUCGCGUACGGAGGACGUGUGUGUGCUAGUACAUGUGUGUGAUCUGUGUUUUGACUGUGGCACCGGUUUCGACGCCGAGUCUAUUUGCAUACGUGAAUCCCGGAUUGUGACAAAUUCGGCCAACGCAGUUCAUUGUUACCGGCCACCUUGUGCAUAGACAUGCUCGGAUUGGAGAACAGUAGAUAGUGGCACUGGGUGAUACACCGACGCAUACGAUACACGCAGGAACAGACAGCCGCAGAAUAGUCAUGGCGAGGACGACAGUCGCGUGGAUCUGCUGGUCGCUGUGCGUUUCUUUAUGCCUUCGCGAGGUCGCUUCGAAAACUGGCUUGUGCGAGGUAGAGUCGGGCCAGUCCAACAUCAUUCUUGAUAUCGAAGAAAGCAGAGGAGACGCGAUCGAUCAGAAGACCGUGCCUGAGGAACUUCCGGUAUCUGGCGAUCCGCAGAACGAGACCACGCUGGAGCUGAUCUUUCCCGGAAGGCAGCCCCGUUUCAAACUGAACGGCAAGAAGCUGCAGUUGCUCGAGCCACUGGACAGGGACGAUGAAAAUCUCUCGCACGUUGUUUUCCAGUUAAGCUGCACAGUGAAGCAGACUAACAAGAAACGCACGAUACCAGUGAUAGUGCGGGUGUCCGACAUAAACGAUAAUGCACCGAAAUUCAUUAACACGCCGUACGAGACUACGGUGCCAGAGGAUGUCAUUAUGACCAAGUAA